GGCUGAAGCCUCGGCUGCGGGGCGGCCCGCGCGAGCGCGGCGAGCGCGGCGGCGGAUGCGCGGAUGCCCCGGCGCAAGAAGUGGAGCUCCGACAGCGUGUGGGCGCUCGCCGCCGUGGGGCUGCUGGUGCUGUGCUGCCUGCUGCUCGUCGGCCUGAGCCACUCGCACAUCCGCCGGCUGCACGAGGAGGACGCGGCCGCCGCCGAGCUCGCCGCGGGCCGCCUGGGCGUGCGGCUCCGCGCCAGCGCGCCAGGGCCGGCAGCGGCAGGCGCGCCGCCGCCGCGCGGCGAGGACGCCGCCGCCCCGGCGAGGGAGGCGCGGCGGCAGCCCGCAGCGGGCGAUGGGGGCGGGGGGGCGCCUCUCGGCGCGGGCGCCGCCGCGCCAGCGAGGGAGGCGCGGCGGGAGUCCGCAGCGGGCGCCGAGGCCAAGUUCGCUUGGCCUCCGCACGGCGCCGACGGCUGGGAGGACAACUCGAGCCCGCGUGCGCCGGAGCCCGGGGACCGCGACCAGCCCACGGCGCAGGCGCUGCAGGUGCUUCCUGGCGCGGACUCGGAGCACCUGCACGGGCUCGUGGGACGAGACGCCGACGGCGUGCCGCUGAUCCCGCCCACGCCACUGCCCGAGGUGAAGCACCGGUAUGCGGACGAGGCUGCGUUCAUGAAGGCCUCUCACACAGGCACGCGGUUCCACAAGUUCAUGAGCGACUCGCUCUCUUUGGACAUCGUCCGUGACGACUUUCGGUCGCCCGCUUGCAGGGCCAAGCACGAGACUUACCCUUUCGACCAGAUGCCGAAGGUGAGUGUGGUCAUCGUCUUCUACAAUGAGCACCUCUCCGUGCUGCUGCGGAGCAUCCACUCUGUGCUGAACCGCACGCCUCCCAGGCUGUUGGAAGAGAUCUUCGUGGUUGACGACGGCAGCGAGGCGGAUCCAGAGGCCGUGGACUACGACCAUUGGCUCAGGCUGCAGGACGAGCUCACGAACUACUGCAAGAGCCUGCCAAAGGUUCACAUCGUGCGCCUUGGGCGGCGCAAGGGCCUCAUGAACGCGCGUAUGGAGGGCGCAUGGCGGGCGAAAGGUGAGAUCCUCGUGUUCCUGGACAGCCACAUCGAGUGCACGAUUGGCUGGGUGGAGCCACUAAUUGCGCGCAUAAUGGAGGACCGGAGGCACGUGGUCGUGCCCACCAUUGACGGACUCGACAGCGUCAGGUUCAAGUACAUCCCCGGCGGCGGCCUCGGGGUGCUGAGCUUCACCUGGUCGCUGGGGCAGGCGCCGCAGAUGUCAUCGACCAAUGACUCAAACCCUGUGAGGUCCACCAUCAUGGCGGGCGGCUUGUUCGCCCAGGACAAGGCCUACUUCCUCUACCUGGGCGGGUACGACCAGGGCAUGACCAGCUACGGGGGGGAGGAGAUGGAGAUAGGCUUCCGGACCUGGCAGUGCGGGGGCAACAUCGAGCUCGUCCCCUGCUCCCAUGUCGGCCACAUUUUUCGCAAUAAGCUGUACUGGGACCACUCGGCAUACAAGGUUCCGAACGGGGACAUCUCUCGGAAUAAGCUGCGUGCGGCCUACGUCUGGAUGGACGAAUACCUGCCCCUGGCGAAGGCCAACCACCACCUCGUGCCGGAGCAGACCUUGGGCGACAUCAGCCCUAGAGUAAGGCUUCGCGAGAAGCUCGGCUGCAAGUCCUUCAAGUGGUACCUCGAAAACGUCGCCACCGACCUCGUGGCCCCAAGCUUGGAGGGCCUGCGCGUGGGCGCGCUGCAGAACAAGCAUCACGGUGCAUUCCCUGGACCAUUGACAGCCUUGGCGGCUCCAGGGCGGGGGACGAAUUCGGGGCCUAUGCCUGCCACUUCACCGGCGGGUCCCAGACGGUCAUGCGGGACGGAGAAGGCCACCUGCAGUUUGGCGCCCCGUACUUCGGGGACAGCUGCCUGGCGGCGUUGGACACCAACGCGCGCACGCGGAGCCAAUUCCGGCGCAGCCGAUGCAAGUCGGCCAACACGACCUGGGACCUGGUCGAGGUCGGCCCAGGGCGCUUCUCCAUCGCCAUGAGAGAGCACAAGGAUGGACGACCUGUGCAUGGGCGCCACGUCGCAGGCGUCGCCCAAGAGCCCGUUCAGCGUCUCGCUGUCGCGAUGCACGCCAGACGAUCCGGAGCAGAUCUGGGAGUGGGUGGAGUGAGCUCGCGCACAAAACGCACGCUGCCGCUCGCACCCAGGACCCCCUCGUCGCAAACUCAAGGCAAAGGCACAAGGGAUGUUCUGUCUGCUUUUGGAACUUACUGGGCCGAGGUUGCGAUGAAGACGACGUCGGAGAUCUUGACCCACCCCUGCUUGCGCUCCUCUGUGGGGCAGGCUCAGGCGCUGGCGGAGCGAGCGCCCACAGCGGACA